CUCCUAUAGUCCUAGGGAGUCUAUGUUGCUAGUUGGAUCCUACAAUAACAUGCAUUUCUGAUCAUUUCAAAGAUCAACUCAGAAAGGGGAGGCAACCAUGGAUGCACACUCUGCUUUCAUGUUUCUCCUCACUUUGAUCCAUCUUCUUUUGCAGAUAUCAGCUCGUGAUUUCCUCUCACCUGGUUCCUCUCUCUCAGUAGAGCGCAGUUCUGAUGUGCUCUACUCACCAGAUGGUACUUUCGCCUGCGGGUUCUACAACAUCUCCCCCAAUUCCUCCAUCUUCGCAGUUUGGUUCUCCAACUCAGCUGAAAAGACAGUUGUGUGGAGUGCAAAUCUUGGUCGUCCUGUGUACACCUGGGGAUCCAAGAUCAAGUUAAACAUCGACGGAAAUAUGGUUUUACAAGACUACGGUGGUCAGAUUGUGUGGACAAACAAUGUGAGCUCUUCAAAUGUCCAAGAGGCUCGGUUAUUGGAGAGAGGAAACCUCAUCGUGAAAGGCCAAGGUGAUACAAUUCUAUGGCAAAGCUUUGCUUCUCCAACUGAUACUUUGCUACCCAAUCAGAUUAUUAAUGGUACUAUAAAACUGGUAUCUAGUACUAGUAGUAAUAGAUUACUUGUUCCUGGCCACUACAGCUUUCAUUUUGAUGAUCAACAUUUGCUUACAUUGUUUGAUGACGAGAAGGAUAUCUCUUUUAUCUAUUGGCCAAAUCCAUUCAUAAACAUGUGGGCAAAGAAAAGAAUAUCAUUUAAUACCACAACAUUUGGAGUUCUUGAUAGCUCGGGGCAUUUCCUUGGGAGUGAUAAUGCAAGCUUUAUGGCUGCUGAUUGGGGUCCUGGGAUUAUGAGGAGAUUAACACUAGAUUAUGAUGGUAAUCUUAGGUUAUACAGUCUCAACAAGACAGACGGAACUUGGCUAGUCACAUGGAUGGCAUUUACUAACCUCUGCUUUGUACGUGGUUUGUGCGGCAUGAACGGAAUAUGCGUGUAUACACCUAAGCCUGCAUGUGUAUGUGCCCCUGGACACGAGAUCAAUGACCCAAGUGACUUGAGUAAAGGAUGCAAGCCAAAGUUUACAAUCAGCUGUGACAGAAAGCAGAAGAUAAGAUUUGUGAAGCUACCCACUACUGAAUUCUUAGGGUAUGAUCAAAGUACACAUCAGCAGGUUUCGCUUAGUACUUGCAAGAACAUAUGCAUGAGUGAUUGCAGCUGCAAGGGUUUCUCAUACUGGCAAGGAAAUGGUAACUGCUAUCCAAAAUCUUCACUUGUUGGUGGUGUAACAAGCCAAUCAUUGCCUGGUUCAACCUAUCUCAAGCUUCCUGAGGCUUUAAAAGUCCGCGAGUCCUCCAUUCCCCGCUCACAGCCUUCUGGUCGUCAAUAUGGCCCUAAUUGUAGCGCAGAGAACCAAUAUUCCAUUGCAAAUUUCUCAGAUAUCUCAAGAAGUGGUCAAAGUGAAUCAAGAUUUUUCUACUUCUACGGAUUCUUAUCAGCAAUAUUUCUCAUCGAGGUAAUUUUGAUUGCAUUAGGAUGGUGGUUUAUUUUGAGAAUGGAGGGCAGGCAAUUAACAGGAGUAUGGCCAGCUGAAUCCGGCUAUGAAAUGAUAACAAGCCAUUUCCGCAGAUACACUUACAAGGAGUUGCAGAGAGCUACUAGAAAAUUUAAGGAAGAGCUUGGCAGGGGAGCAUCUGGUGUAGUGUACAAGGGAAUCUUGAAAGACGAGAGGGCAGUAGCCGUGAAAAAGUUGGCAGACAUAAGCCAAUGUGAAGAAGAAUUCCAGCAUGAGUUGAGUGUGAUCAGUAAAAUUUACCAUAUGAACCUAGUGAGGGUAUGGGGAUACUGUUCUGAUGGUCCACACAGGAUGUUGGUUUCCGAAUAUGUGGAGAAUGGUUCGUUGGACAAGAAGUUAUUUGGAAGUGAGGCCUCCCAGACCUUACUUGAAUGGAAGCAAAGAUUUAAGAUUGCUCUUGGGGUGGCCAAAGGUUUAGCAUAUCUUCAUCACGAAUGCUUAGAGUGGGUUAUCCAUUGCGACGUGAAGCCCGAGAACAUACUGUUGGAUGAUAACUUGGAGCCAAAGAUCACCGACUUUGGCCUUGCAAAACUCCUGAACAGAGGGGGAUCCAAUAAAAAUGUAUCACGUAUCCAUGGAACUAGAGGUUAUAUAGCUCCUGAGUGGGUUUCUAGUCUCCCAAUAACAGCAAAGGUUGAUGUCUACAGCUUCGGAGUGGUCCUUCUAGAAUUAUUGAAGGGAAGUCGUGUUUCAGAAUGGGCAAAAACUGAGGAUGAAGAUGAUGAGGUUGAAAAGGUCCUUCGGCGGGAUGUUAGGAUGCUGGCAGAGAAUGUGAAGUUGCAGGAGGAUAGCGAACGGUCAUGGAUCACUAACUUCAUUGACUCGAGAUUGAAUGGCCAGUUCAACUACUUGCAAGCAAGAACAAUGAUCAAGUUGGCUGUUUCAUGCAUAGAAGAAGAUAGAAGCAAAAGACCCACCAUGGAGAAUGUAGCGCAGAUGCUUCUAUCAGUUGAUGAAGAAAAUAUCAUUACAUAGCAACUUACCUGUCCUGCAUCAAAAUGUAGAACCAUUUGGCACAUCAAUGUAAUACUCCCUCCAGACGGAAAUACAUGUCUUUUGGGACAGCUGAAUUGACCUGCGCUCAGUGCAAUUUGCUUGUCGGAAAUGGCAAGUAAUAUUGACUGGAGGGAGCAUAUUUGUAACUUGUACUGUAAGAAACUAAAAUUAUAUGAGGUAAUAUGUGCUCUAGCAUCAAUCGAAGAUGCGUAAUUUGUCCAUAGA